UAUUGCAGAGCGCGUUACUUUCCAUUUGGCUUUCUGCUGCUCGGAGAAGGAACCAGGACAAUGAGAAUUUUCCCUGGCUGGGGCUGGAUUGUUUUCCCAGGAUGCUGGGCCUUGAUUGGCCCUCAGGAGGUAAGAGGUCCCCUGGGUGGAGUGCUCACUGUACAGUGUUGGUAUGGCAGAGGCUAUGAGAAUUAUAUUAAAUACUGGUGCAGAGGAACAACUUCAACAUCCUGCCUUGUAGUUGUUACGACAGGGUCAGAGGCAAUGGUGAAGCACGACAGAGUCUCCAUCAAAGACAUUCACACUUUCUGCACGUUCAUAGUGACCAUGAAAAACCUCACAGAGGGAGACUCUGGGACUUACUGGUGUGGGAUAGACAGACUGGGAUGGGAUCUCAUGUUCCCUGUGAAAGCGAAUGUUCUUCCAGCUGUUCCUGCCUCGCCACCGCCAGCACCAACGAGAGAGACAACAGUUCAUGCUGCUUUCAAUGAGGUUCCUUUCAGAUGGACUGCCCCUGAAGUGGCUGAAUCCACCUCCACCGUUCACAGCAGCGACUCUCGUGCAGGUACAACGGACCCAGUCCUCCAUAUCCUGACACCAUGCAUCCUGCUGGUUCUACUUCUGAUUCUGUUCAUGGUUGUACUGUUUAGAAGGAUGUCGCAGAGGAGAAACAAAGCUCUUGAGGGAGCAUGUGGACAAAGGCAAAAGAACUUCCAUCCCUAUCGGCUGGUACCUGGAAACACCCCGUCGUCCUUCGUUACCAGUGAUCCUGUGGCCUCUUGUAAGGCAGCCAUCUGCAUGCCCAUGGAGGAGACACCAGACUCAGCAGCCAAUGAGGAUCUCUAUGAAAAUGCCAUCCAGGAGACCCAGGCUUCAAGAUCGACAGAAGAGGUUGUUCCUGGUACAGUGAAAUGUACAACCUCACAUCAGCAGACCAUCUAUGCCAAUAUGAAUCCAAACACACGCAGUAGGACAUCCCCCUCUCGUCAUCAAGGAAAACCUGGGAAAAAAAAUACUGGAUGAAGCUCAAUGCUCUUGGAACAUUCCCCCUCCUACUGUUGGAAUUUUUAGCAGCUUGUUCUCAUUUCCCUGCAGUUACAUACAUAGAAGCUUUCAGGUUCCUGUUCCUCCAUUAUUCUUCUUGUGCCAGGUCCCCCUGUACUGUGAUGCUAGUGUUGCUGCUGAUUGUGUCCCAUUGCCAGCGAGACUGUUUCACAGAUUUACUUACCACUCAGUGCUUCUCGUUCCUCAGAUCAUCUGGAAACAGAACAUAUUCCUGGUGGUUUCACCUCCUGGAUGACUGGGAGCAUUUCUAGAAGGACUUCGUAUGGGUUUGCAGGUUUGUCACACUCUCUCUCUGUCUGCCAGAAUUUCCUGCUUUAAAGUUAGACAACUGCUAAUAAAAAGCUCUUUUCUCUCUUCUGGACUGCGGUCCUUGGAAUGACUCAAUAAGAGGGUGUCAGAUCCAGGUGUGUUUUGGUGGGAUGCGUUCUAUCUCAUACACCGAGCUCUAUAUAUUUCUCUCUGUCUACACAGUUGCCAACUCUAUACCAUCUAUUUCUGUUCCCUGGUCCUCUUGAAAACUCCAGUCUUGCUUUGCAUUGUCUGCACUGGGAUCUGGAUGAACAUACAUUACAAGCAGAGAUCCGGGGAGAUGCAGCCAACAGAUGUGGGGAGAACUGCUGUCAACUUUUACACCACGGGCUUGACCCCUUCCAGCUGACAAAUCUCAGUCCAGCGUUACUCCCUAGCCCUCCAUAUGUGAUGUAUAAAAUGGCUGCUCUGUUAGACAGGCUCUAGUUCAAUCACUGGUGCAGGAAUUACUGCGUGAAGAGAGAUGGCCUGAGCUAGGCAGGAGGUCAGACUAGAUGCAAGAGGGUCAGCUUGGACUGGGCUGGCAUGAAGUGCUUCAUGCUUCAAUUUCCCCUCCGGGUCAAUGGUCCUUCACAGAGGCCUACAAGCCUGCGAUGAUAUUGACCUUCUGGUCCAAAGCUCAAUUCCUCCCCUUCUAGGGAUCUGUCCCAGUCCAAUGGAAAAAUCCAAACCAAAGAAUGGUGCACAGCCCUCACUGGGCUCAGAAAGCUGCAGCCCUGUUCUUAGGCUCAAAUACGCCUUCAGCCCCUAGCGCAGGAUCUUCCAGAGCCUUCCACUUCCAGACUAACAAGUAACCCUUCACCCUUCUGUCAGGGAGCCUGGUCCCUCCCCUUGAACUGAGCUAACUAAUGAGACAGCUGCCUGUUCCAGCCCACACCUCCACCCCAUAUCUUUAUUCCCACAGGGCUAUCUCAGACCUCCCUCAGUUGACCCUCUUGGGCUUCUAACUCAGCCCUUCCUCAAGUCUCUCCCACCAUCUCCUUCCUAGGCUUCCCUGCAAGCUAAGCCUUUUCUGGCUCCAUUCCCAGAGCUCUUGCACAAGCACUGUAGACAGCCACCACUUGACCCCUACUCUGCUGCCCCAGACUGCGUUGUAUGGCAGGUACCGCCUGCAGCCACAGGGCCUUCAGUUGCCUGAUCCAAGGACAAGUCAGAGCUGGCCUUUGAACCCCUUUCAGGCUCAGCUCACCCUGUGACAUUAGGUGAUCAUUCCUAAGAGACCGUUAAACUCAAUGAGUGAGGUGAGUGCAUGCAAACAGGAAGACAUCCCAUGUUGGCUCUAAAACCCUGAUCUGGCAUUCAUAUAAACAUACAUAGAAGCAGGCUGUGGGAAGUGGGGCAGCUCUGCAGUGUCCCCUUCAAGGCCACACUUGGUACUGCAUCCACUCCCUGCCUUAGUCUGUAAGAUCUGGCUGCCUGGUUGGGGAAGAGCAGCCUACUCCAUAUGCUUGGUUUCAGUCUCUAAUCCACGUUUCACCUCACUUAAAAACUACGGGCUUACAAAAUCAGAUAUAAAAAUACAAAAGUGUCACAGCACACGCACUGAAAAAUUGCUUGUUCUCAUUUUUGACCAUAUAAUCAUAAAAUACAACAAUUGGAAUAUAAAUAUUGUUCUUACAUUUCAGUGUAUAGUAUACAGAGCAGUAUAAAAAAGUCAUUGACUGUAUUAAAUUUUAGUUUGUACUGACUUCGCUAGUGCUUUUUAUGUACAGUGUUGUAAAACUAGGCAAAUAUCUAGAUGAGUUGAUGUACUCCCUGGAAGACCUCUACGUAUUCCCAGGGAUACACAUACCCCUGGUUGAGAACCACCGCUAAUCAACUAAUAAAAUAGCAACUCAGGUGUGAUGUUACACUCCAUAUGUUAAUGGAAAUAUGCUCAUGAGUGUAAAUAUAAUGUAACUAGAAUAUGCUUUAUGCAAAAAGUCUCUUGUAAGGUAUCAUCACAAAGCUUAUAAUCUACUGAGUGUGUUCAUCCUAUUUGUAUGAAUGUAUCAUUCUUGUAUCUGAAGCUAGAAAUAUGAGGUAUAACACUGAGGUCCUAUUGUAAUUAUGUAAAGUGUGGGCCAUUAAUGGUGGUUUAGAAUCUUGAUGGCUCCCAUUGACCAGGACAAUUGGUUUUAAAUGGCUCUGUUUACCUGUAAGCCUUCCUGUGUUCCUGUGAGUCAAGCUGGAAAGAAUGGAGGCUUGGGGUCUCACAGGACAGGUGACCAUGUCACCUGGUACUGGAAUCCAUCUUAAACCUGGUGCUUUUCCAUUUAGAAGAAGGGGUGGGGACCCAGAUAGACAAAAUAUUCCUGCUUUGUUCCAAAGCCAUAAAAGGGGUUGGAACAGAACAAAGGAGGGCGGCCAGUCAUGAGAAAUCCCCUAGUUACCAUCUGAGCUGGAACUAACAAGAACUGCAUCG